CAAAUAUAGAUUGGGAAUUAUUACACCAAUAUAAUUCUGAUCUAAUACUGGUCUACGAAACGCCCCAAAGAACAAUUUACUCAAUUUUAAAUUAUUAUAUUGAAUGUAAGGAGGGUAAGGCGUUUUUAAAAGAUUGGCUACCAUUAUGGCAUAAAAGAAUACUAAAUAUAUUCACUGAUUCAAAUGUUAAAAUGUUCAAGAGAAUUCACAUAGAUACGAUUUUAGAGAUUCUACUUGAUGUAGUAAAUACAAGAAAAUUUUCUAUUAUUCAUUCUUAUGUGGAAAGAGAAGAAUAUCCUAUUAUGUGUAAUUUACUGUUAGCUUUAAGGGAUAUGGAAAUAGUGGACGUGUAUUUCUCAUCGAAAAUGAAAGAAGAUUUGAUCUUUACCUGCUAUACAAUAUUUAUAAAUAAUCCAAACAGCAACGAUCUGUUGAAAGAAUGUCUUGAAACUAUAUUAUAUUGUAAAGAUGAAUUAGCAGUGAUUGAAGAUAAAUUUGGAUUUUUAAAAUAUCUUUCCAAGCCUGUAUACGAUGUUGAACUAUUCGAAUUAACGAUCAAACUAAUCUACUGUCUUCAGAAACUAAUAGACUUUAGAUAUAUCGCCAAAAAUCAUAUUGUCGAGCUAAGUCAGAAUAUUGAUAAGUUUCUAUCAGAAUUUAAAACUUAUAAAGGUUUAGAAAAUCAAAGAUAUCAAAGAAUUUCUAAAGAAUUAAAUCCUAUAUACUUGUCUUAUGAUUAAAUCUUAAACUGUAUUGUUUUAAAAGAAAAAGUGGGUACUUUUUAAGUAAAAGUCAACAA